AUGAGACUCACCUCUCUCUUCCUCCCUCUAGGGCUGCUCGUCACCCUCUCAGCAGCCCAAGAGUCCAGUGCUGCCAGCGCCGCCGAACCAACCUCAACAGCAGCCGCCACCUCGGCCUCUAUCCCACCCACCUCUUCCUCACCACCCACCUCCCGCUCUGUACCCCCGUCGGGCACAUCCUCCUCCAAGCCCUCAGCAACAGCCACCGUCCCCGGCCCUUCAGGAACCAACUAUGGGCCCAAAGGCCCUCCCGAUGUUUUGCUCCGCGUCCCCGAGUUACACGUCGGCCGCAUUGAGCUAGACGUCGAUAACCUCCGUGCGGAAAUCAACUUGGCCGCCGAAGUCGCUAGUCUCGUGACGCUCAAUGCGGGCGUUCAAGUCGGAAUUGACAAGGUGAAUAUCACCAUUGCUGACGUUGAUGCCCAGCUGGACCUCGUCAUCCGGCUUGGCAAUCUUGUUAAAGUCGUCAACCGCACCCUCUCAACCUUGGACUUGAACCCCGCCCUGGUUAACCUCCUCGAUGGCGUGGUUGAUGCCGUCGAUGGAGUGAUCGGCGCCGUUGACGGUCUUUUGGGGACUGUGCUAGGCUCAGACGGGAACAAGGUCAACUUUCUAAUUGACAACUUGGGCAACAUCGUUCAAGAGGUAGUGGGUGUUGCUGGUGAAGCGACAAGCACCAUUGUCGGCAGUUAUCUGAAGAACAUGACGUUUACGGGAACGAUCAAGGAUUUGGGAAAUGGGUUGACGCAGAAGACGUACAAGUAUGAUGCGUUGGGGAGUCUGGUUAAUGUGGUUACGAAUGCAUUGGGACAGGUGGUGCAGGCUGUUGUUGUUGGUGCUGGCGGUGGCGGGGGAGGAGGUGGAAGCUCGACUAGCUCAGGAACGGCGGCGCCGACGAGCACGAAGCCGGCGAGCUCCACGACGGCGACUAGUGUGGCGGCUACUUCGACUGCUUGA